GAGAGAGUGAAUGAGUGAAUCUUCAGGAGAAGAAUGGGAAAAGCAGCCGGACUGUGUUUGUAGACGAGGCGGCGGGUGGAAACAUGAGGACCACGCUCUGCAUUUAACGCCUUUUAAAACAGAAAAAUAUAAACAUUUUGUGUCAUUUUCGCUGCCGUUUUGCCCGUUCUACCCCUCUGAGGACAGGAAUAUUUGCUCCCAUUGGAGACCACAAGGGGAGGGGAGAAGAGGAGAGGAGAGGAGCCUCUUUGUGACUCCCUUUUUCACCGGCAUAAAAGCCUGGUGACAGAGUGGAGUGGAGUGCUGGUUCAGCCUGACCUUAAACCUCAAUAGGAAGGAGAGAGAGAGAGAGAGAGAGAGAGAGAGAGCCACUUCAGAGAUGGAGCAGGUGUCAGAUGAUGAGCUGGACCAUGGAGCGGAGGAGGACAGUGAUAAGGAAGACCAGGACCUGGACAAGAUGUUUGGUGACUGGCUGGGAGAACUGGACAAACUCACACAGAGUCUGGACGACGGGCGGCCGCAGCCCAAGCCUCUGCAGAAGCCUCCUCUCAGGCAGGAGACAAACAUGGCCAACUUCUCCUACCGCUUCUCCAUGUACAACAUCAACGAGGCGCUGAACCAGGGCGACGCAGUGGACCUGGACGCCCUCAUGGCCGACCUGUGCUCCAUCGAGCAGGAGCUCAACACCAUCUCUAGACCCAACUCCACCAGGCAGAGCAAAGGCCAGCAGAGGGCGCCGGGGAGCCGCGGCGCCAGCACCAAGCACACGGGCACCGGGGGAGGAGGGAGCAGCGGAGGCAGCACCAGUAGCAGUACUCGGGCCUCGCCGGCCAACACAGUCCGCGGCGGCGGCACCAGCGCUCGCCCCGCAGCUUCAAACAUCUCCCUGGAUGACAUCACGUCCCAGCUGGAGAAAGCGUCUCUGAGCAUGGAUGAAGCUGCGCGUCAGACGUCCUCCUCGUCCUCCUCUUCCUCGUCCUCUUCGUUCUCCUCUGCCACGCUGCGCCGACCCUCGUCGGGGUCGUCUGGUGGCGGUGGAGGCGGGCAGCACCGCAGGACGGGCUCGGUGGGCGGAGUCAGUGAGCAGGAAGCUCCGUCCCAGAGUCAGCGCUCCAGUGUCAACUCAGCGUGCGCCUCAGCGUCCAGCAUGGACUCCCUGGACAUUGAUAAAGUGAUGGCGGGAGGAGGAGGAGAAGUGGAGGCGCGGAGCGGUCAGAGCACACAAGGACACGCCCAGACCAGCACUGAGCAUGUCACACUGCGACGGGCUCACAGUAAGCUGGCCAGACGGCAGCUGGACUUCACCUCACAGGAGGGUGAAGGUGAAGUGGACCGGGCCACUCACUCCUAUCUGGACCAAGAAACCUCUCUCAUUCUGAAAAGUAUAGCUGGAAAACCUUCUCACCUGCUGACCAAGGAGGAGCAGGCGGCCAAACUGAAGGCUGAGAAAAUCCGAGUGGCUCUGGAAAAAAUCAAGGAGGCUCAAGUUAAAAAGCUGGUGAUCAGGGUCCACAUGUCGGACGAGAGCUCCAAGACCAUGAUGGUGGACGAGCGUCAGUCAGUCAGGCAGGUGCUGGACAGUCUGCUGGACAAGUCUCACUGUGGCUACAGCCCCGACUGGUCCCUGGUGGAAACCAUUUCUGAGCUGCAGAUGGAGCGUAUCUUUGAGGACCAUGAGAACUUGGUGGAGAACCUGUUGAACUGGACUCGGGACAGCCACAACAAACUCAUGUUCACCGAACGCAUCGAGAAAUACGCUCUUUUCAAGAACCCACAGAACUACUUGCUGGGGCGGAAGGAGACAUCAGAAAUGGCAGACAGGAACAAAGAGGCUCUGUUGGAGGAGUGCUUCUGCGGCGGCUCGGUGUCCGUGCCGGAGAUCGAGGGCGUCCUGUGGCUGAAGGAGGACGGGAAGAAGUCGUGGAAGAAGCGUUACUUUCUGCUCAGGGCGUCGGGAAUCUACUACGUCCCAAAGGGCAAAGCCAAGGCCUCCAGAGAUCUGGUGUGCUUCCUGCAGUUGGACCACGUGAACGUGUAUUACGGUCAGGACUACCGCAGCAAAUACAAGGCUCCCACGGACUACUGCCUGGCCCUGAAGCAUCCACAGAUCCAGAAGAAGUCUCAGUACAUCAAGUAUCUGUGCUGUGACGACGUCAGGACGCUGCACCAGUGGGUGAAUGGAAUUCGAAUCGCCAAGUAUGGAAAGCAGCUCUAUGUGAACUACCAGGAAGCCAUGAAGAGGACAGAGGCGGCCUACGAUUGGUCCUCUCUCUCCACCUCCAGCAUCCGCUCCGGCUCCAGCUCGGCCAGCAUACCUGAGUCUCAGUCGAAUCACUCGGGUCAUUCAGACAGCGGCGUGGACACAGGCUCCUCCCACGGACGCUCGCAGAGUGUGGUCAGCUCCAUUUUCUCCGAGGCUUGGAAGAGAGGAACACAGAUAGAGGAGAACUCCAAGAUGAGAUCAGAGUCGUCCAGAGGAGGAACUCUGCCGCACGCCACCCACAGUCACCGACACCACAGCCAGCAUUCAGUGGACCACCUUGCUCUGACACCACAACCACAACCACAACCACAGACCCAGACCCAGACACAGCCUCCUCCACUGCAGCAGCAGCAGCAGCAGCAGCCUCCACCACAGUCGCCUCAACGCCCUCAGCAGCCACCCUACAACUACAUGCCUCCACCUCCACAACAACCACAACCGCAGACCAACAACAGCUACAACUACAUGCCUCCACCUCCACCACAGUCUCCGCAGCAACAGCCACCGCAGCUCCCACCACCACAGCUACAGACAGUCAACAGCUACAACCACAUGCCACCACCACCACAGCCCCCACCGCAGCAGCCAGCCCCGCCUCCACCUCCACCUCCACCUCCCCCUCCGCCUCCUCUUCCACCCCCACCAGUCCAGAUGGUGUCACACCACUCUCCAGCUCCCACCAUGUACAAGUUCAGCACCAUCACCAGGCUGCAGAACCAGCGUGCGGCGCAGACCAUGAGUCACCACAGGCCGCCCACUCAAACUCCAGCUCCACCUGUCGCUCAGGUGCCCGUCAAACCCAACGUCAAUCACAUUGCGGCGAGGACGAAUGUCCCGCCCCCUCCUCCGCCUCCUCCGCCCUCCAUGCCGACACCUGGUUCAGCCAUGGCUGUGUUGAGGCUGGGGCCUCCCAGUCCUGCGGCCCCGCCUGCCUUCAUUCCUCCACCCCCUGCACCUCCUGCUCCCAAUGGACUCAUGUUUCCUCCACCCCCUCCUCCAGCCCCGCCUGCACCCAUACCCAAGAGUCAGCCGUUUUAUUCCAACGGGCUGAAGCAGGCUCUGAAGGAACGGUUUCCCAGCCCACCACGGGACCUCCUGUCUCCAAGUGAAGACCUGGAGGAGUCCCCACCUCCUGCCCCUGCUCCACCACCACCCCCUCCUCCUCCUCCUCCACCACCACCGCCACCACCUCCUCCCCCCCAGCAGUUCCCAGUACAAGCCCACUUUCCACCUCCUCCUGCACCCAAGAAGACCUUCAACCCAGGCUUUGUGCCUCAAAAUGUCCACAAACCUGUGUCCCCUGUCACUCCGUUCCCUCCUGCUCCACCUCCUGCUGCCUUAGGUGGUCCAGCCCCGCCUCCUCCACCACCCCCGCCUCCACCCGCACCCUUCAAGAAGCAGUUUAGUCUCCAGGCGGGGAACCACCCGCCUCCAACUCUGCCUAAGCAGCACAGCCUGUCCAAAGCACCCAUCUCCACAGGAGCAUCCCCUACCAUGUCGCUAGUGAAACAACUGGCAAGUCAGUUUCCAGGAGCUCCGUCACAAGCUGUGAGUCACACAGAGCUGCCCAGACCUCCACCCCUCUCUCCACCUGCAGUCAAGACCAAACCAAAGUGGCAGCCUGGUGGUGGACAGCAGCUCCAGUCUCCAGACUUCCCCCCUCCUCCUCCUGACAGCAACGCUGGCUUCACUGCUGCUCCUCCUCCUCCUCCUCCCCCCCCACCCCCACCACCUCCACCAGCACCUGUGACUGGCCCGACUCCACCGCCGCCCCCACUCCCACCUGGAAACCUGUGCUCCCCCUUGAAGAGGUCGCCCUCUGGCAAUUUCGGAGGCAAGAAACCUCCUCCUACUCCACAGAGGAACUCCAGCAUCAAGUCCGACGGCUCGGCCUCCUACGAGGAAUCAAGGAGGAACUUGCUGAGCAAGUUUGCUCCUCAGAGCAACACCUCGCCUUCUUCCCUGUGUCCCUCCUCCUCAACAGGGUCUCCUUCCAAGGACGCCACAGCUGGACCUCCUGCUCCCCCAAAACCAGGCAAGCUCAACCUGUCCAACUUACCCUUAGCGCUUCAGGCCAAAGUGAGCCAGGUGAAGCAGUCCAGCGGCGACUUCCCCUCUCCACCAACUGACUGUGCCUACUUCCCUCCUCCUCCUCCACCCAAUGACCUCUUCCCGCCUCCUCCACCUCCUGGUGGUGAUAUGCACAGCGGGGGAGGACCUCCAAGGGUCGCAGUGGUGAACCCGCAGCCGCAGGCUCCUCCCCCUCCACCACCCGUCUCCCUCGUCAGCAACUCCACUUGGGGAAAGAGUUCGUUAAAAAAGACUCCGCCUCCGACGCUUGUGCGGCGCGGCAAUGCCACGCCUGAGCCUCCUCCUCUCUCGCCUCCUCCACCCACCUCCCCAAAGGGAAGCUCGGGUCAGCCCAACUUCCUCGCGGACCUCAACCGGACACUGAAGCGGAAGUCGGUGGGUCGCCAGGGUUCUGUCAACUCUGCCGGCCUCGCGGGGAAGCUGGACCCGGUGGGGACGAUGGACGACAUGGCGCUGCCGCCGCCGCCGCCACCCGAGCUGCUCCAGAGCAACGGUGGAGACGGUGGCUACGCGUCCGGAAACAUCUCAGGCUAUGCAACGUUGCGACGGGGGCCGCCGCCAGCGCCGCCCAAACGCGGCGACGCCACCAAACUUACCGGGGAGUGUUGAAGCGAUGCAUGCAAUCCUCGGGAUCAGAUAAAUAUACUCUGUAAAUAUUAAAAAACCCAAACCAGACCGUGAUCAGUUAGUAUUUGCUAAUUAUUAUUAUUGCUUUGGUUUUUUUGGGUUUUUUUUUUAAAACAGGCUUUGCAUUCUGGAUCAAUGGUAUUUACGAUAUUGGGACAAACAAAGACUGGAGCGGGUAAGUUUGAAGUCUCUGGAAGUUUUCCGGGAUUGUCGGAACUCUCUGGAAAAAAAGAAACACUGUAAUUGCCCUUUACUGUAAAAUCCAGGAACACAAACAGACGGACUGGAGUCAGAAAAGUUAAAAUGUCACUGGAUCCUAAACCGUGUAUUCUCCGCUUCUUCGCUGUAAGUCUGUGCCACAUUCUGGAAACAAGAAGAAAAACACAAACAAACCCCGGAUCAGGAUCAGGAUCAGGAUCGUGCUUUGGUACUGCAUGGACCUCAUGUAACAACACGCUGUAAAACAUGACGCUGUUCCGCUGUGUGUGUGUGUGUGAAUGAAUGUGUGAGAGGGUGAAUAUGGACACGUGCAUCAUUUCCACCGAGCGGUACAGUCGCGUGAAGUUCGUUUCGCAGGUUCAGUCGCUGAUCUGUUGAUUUUUCCCCCGGCGACACAGAAUGAAAAACACGAAACGCACCUUUUUUUUCCGCCGUGCUUUACGUCGAAGAGGUUUCUUUUCUCGACCUUAGUCCUUAAUCCCAAUCUGUUCCGAACUCACCUGGACUGUACCACUUGGAGGAAAUGCAGCUUUAGAAGAAAAAGAAAAAAAGCGAUUCUUUUUUUUUUAUUUUUUUGCUUGUACAUGAAUUUAUUUAAUGACUUUAAUGAAGUGGAAGGAUUUUUUUGUUUUGUUUUUUAUACAUAUAUAUAUCCGUCUUAUUAAAGCUGGUUAAGAAAGUCUGGAGCGGAGCAAAAUGUUCAGCACCGAGAGGAAUGUAUUUAAGAAACUAAAACUUUGGACCCCGUUUGGACCCUGAUAUAAAAAGUCCGUCCCCCGGUGAUUGGAUUACACGUGAUCAGAUCUCACGCGUGUUGACGUCACGUCAAAUGAAUCUGUGUAUGGACACACGUGCGGCGUCAAAUCCAGUGAUGGUAAAAGUGUAAAAGAUAGAGAUGGAGUCUUCCCCGAGUCCUGAGGGACAGAUUAAUGUCCACGUGAGAUUAGAACGUCUCGACUGUUUGAGUUGAAGGAUUCUAUGUGUAAUGAAGAGGACGUCGGACGUCAUUUUAUGUGUCAUCCCGUUUCCUCACUGUGCCAUUUCUGCGCCUUUAUUUUGAAAGGGUGCUACUGUCAAACGUGUCCUCGCGCGACAAAAACGAUAUAAUUUUUCGUUCCAUUUUUAUUUUAUAUUUCUUUAUUUAGAAUUGAGUAUCAUCAUGGUCGUCGUCAUGUGUGACAGGAUUACAUGUAUGUAAGUUAUUGAUGUGCUGAUGUCGACGUGUGGAGAACGCGAGUGAAGAAGUGUCAGAUCCAGUGAAAAACGUGUCCCUCAUGCAUAUAAACUGACAAUUACAAUAUAAAUGUUCAAAAAUCA